AUGGAUGAAGAAAUGUCAAAAGAAUAUGAUUCAGUGACUGGAUCACCUGUAAAUAAUGAUAAUAGUAAUCAUCAUCUACCUGAAGAAAUGAUUCAUGAUGAUGAAGAAGAAUCAAGGUCAUGGGUUAUGCGAAUGCCUGUUGGUCCAUGGUGGUGUGAAGACUGUCAAGAGUCAGUGACAUCAAGUAAUUUAACUAUAUCACAAUUAUUUGCUAUUUUACGUCAAUGGACACCUUAUGCACAGUUACAAUUAAUUACAAUAGUUGAAGAGAUAUUUAGACGUGGUGCUCAUGUUGAUGAUCGUGACGGUUAA